CAGUCCUGGCUGUGGGAGUCGAGCCGCCGCCGCCGCCAGCGCGCGGGGCGGGGAUCUCGGUGCCAGGUCUUCGUCAGCCCGCCCCCGCCGCCUCAGAGAGCCGUCCCGGCCCGGGCCCGGCCGUCAUGGAGCGGGGCGGGCCCUCCGCCUGUUCCGUGUGAGGCGCGUCGCCGCCGCCGCCGCCGCCUUCGCUGUUCCAGGCCUCCGGGACCCCCGCCGCCGCCCGGAGCCCCUCGCCCUUGGCAGCCUGUCGCCGCCCCUCGUCGGGCUCGAAUGCGCGUCCGGUGAGGGAGCAGGCCGGGCGCCGCCACUGCGCAGCCAGGAAAUGGUUCGGGCCUAGCGGAGCCGGGACUGGAGGGAAUCUAGAGCAACAGCAAAGCUGAGGUCAAACUGCCAUAAGGAUGGACACCAAGGAAGCUGUGUUUGGGACAAAAAGAAAUCAAGAUAAGCAACAUGAACCGUGAAGACCGGAAUGUGCUGCGUAUGAAAGAACGGGAAAGGCGGAAUCAGGAAAUUCAGCAGGGCGAAGACGCCUUCCCCCCCAGCUCUCCUCUCUUUGCUGAGCCGUACAAAGUUACUAGCAAAGAAGAUAAGUUAUCAAGUCGUAUUCAGAGUAUGCUUGGAAACUACGAUGAAAUGAAGGAUUUCAUAGGAGACAGAGCUAUACCAAAGCUUGUUGCAAUUCCCAAGCCUACAGUACCACCGACGGCAGAUGAAAAAUCUAACCCAAAUUUCUUUGAACAGAGACAUGGAGGCUCUCAUCAGAGUAGCAAAUGGACUCCGGUAGGACCUGCACCCAGUACUUCUCAGUCUCAGAAACGGUCCUCAGGCUUACAGAGUGGACAUAGUAGCCAGCGGACCAAUGCAGGUGGCAGUAGUGGCACCAACAGUAGUAGCCAGAGGCAUGACCGUGACUCAUAUAGCAGUAGUGGGAGUAGUAGCCGGAAAAAAGGCCAGCAUGGAUCAGAAUACUCCAAAGCACGCUCUUCCAGCCCUGGAAAACCCCAGGCUGUUUCUUCACUAAGCUCCAGUCAUUCCAGGUCUCAUGGGAAUGAUCACCAUAGCAAGGAACAUCAACGUUCCAAAUCUCCUCGGGACCCUGAUGCAAACUGGGAUUCUCCUUCCCGUGUACCUUUUUCAAGUGCGCAGCACUCAAGUCAGUCCUUUCCACCUUCGUUGAUGUCCAAGUCCAGUUCAAUGUUACAGAAGCCCACUGCCUACGUGCGGCCCAUGGAUGGGCAGGAGUCCAUGGAACCCAAGCUGUCCUCUGAGCACUACAGCAGCCAGUCCCACGGCAACAGCAUGACUGAGCUGAAGCCCAGCAGCAAGGCACAUCUCACCAAGCUGAAAAUACCUUCCCAACCACUGGACGCGUCAGCUUCUGGUGAUGUGAGCUGUGUGGAUGAAAUUCUAAAAGAGAUGACGCAUUCAUGGCCUCCCCCUCUAACGGCUAUUCAUACACCAUGCAAAACAGAACCUUCCAAAUUUCCUUUUCCAACUAAGGAAUCCCAGCAAUCCAGUUUUGGCCCUGGAGAACAAAAAAGAUACAAUCCUUCUAAAACUUCAAAUGGACACCAGUCUAAAUCUAUGUUAAAAGAUGACUUAAAACUAAGCAGCAGUGAAGACAGUGAUGGAGAGCAGGAUUGUGAUAAGACAAUGCCAAGGAGUACACCAGGAAGUAACUCUGAACCUUCACACCAUAAUAGUGAAGGAGCAGAUAACUCCAGGGAUGAUUCUAGUAGCCACAGUGGAUCUGAAAGCAGCUCUGGAUCCGACUCGGAGAGCGAAAGCAGUUCCAGUGACAGUGAGGCGAAUGAGCCGUCCCAGAGCGCGUCUCCUGAGCCUGAACCACCACCAACAAACAAAUGGCAACUUGAUAAUUGGUUGAAUAAAGUGAACCCACACAAAGUGUCGCCAGCUUCUUCAGUGGACAGUAACAUCCCAUCAUCUCAAGGCUACAAAAAGGAAGGCCGAGAGCAGGGUACUGGGAACAGCUACACUGAUCCAGGUGGACCUAAAGAAACGAGUUCUACUACUCCCGGACGAGACUCCAAAACCAUCCAAAAGGGAUCAGAAAGUGGGCGCGGGAGGCAGAAAUCUCCUGCGCAGAGUGACAGCACAACACAGAGGAGAACUGUCGGCAAAAAACAACCCAAAAAGGCUGAGAAGGCAGCUGCCGAUGAGCCUCGCGGAGGCCUGAAGAUAGAAAGCGAGACCCCCGUAGACAUAGCGGCCAGCAUGCCGUCCAGCAGACACAAAGCAGCCACCAAAGGCUCAAGGAAACCCAACAUAAAGAAGGAGUCUAAGUCUUCCCCUCGACCUACAGCAGAGAAAAAGAAAUACAAGUCAACGAGUAAAUCAUCCCAGAAAUCAAGGGAAAUCAUAGAAACGGAUACCUCAUCCUCAGAUUCGGAUGAAAGCGAGAGCCUUCCUCCUUCCUCACAAACUCCUAAGUACCCUGAGAGCAAUAGGACUCCUGUGAAACCCUCCUCAGUGGAGGAAGAAGAUAGCUUUUUCCGGCAACGAAUGUUCUCUCCUAUGGAAGAGAAGGAACUUCUUUCGCCCCUCAGUGAGCCUGAAGACAGGUACCCACUUAUUGUGAAGAUUGACCUAAAUCUCUUGACUAGAAUACCAGGAAAGCCUUACAAAGAAACAGAGCCACCCAAGGGGGAGAAGAAAAAUGUGCCAGAAAAGCACACCAGAGAAGCUCAGAAACAAGCCUCAGAAAAAGUUUCCAACAAAGGCAAGAGGAAGCAUAAGAGUGAAGAUGACAGCCGAGCCAGUGAGAGCAAGAAACCCAAAACGGAGGACAAGAAUUCAGGAGGCCACAAGCCCUCCAGCAACAGAGAGUCAUCUAAGCAGAGUACUACAAAAGAAAAGGAUUUGUUACCUUCUCCCGCUGGGCCUGUUCCUUCAAAAGAUCCAAAAACAGAGCAUGGCUCUCGGAAGAGGACUAUUAGUCAGUCUUCUUGCUUAAAGUCAAGCAGUAACAGCAACAAGGAGAACAGUGGCAGCAGCAAAAACAGUUCCUCUACGUCCAAGCAGAAGAAGACUGAAGGGAAGAAUUCCGGUAGUUCCAAGGAGGUUAAGGAAAAGGCUCCAAAUAGCUCCUCUAACUGUCCUCCAUCUGCACCGACUCCCGAUUCUUCUAAGCCUCGGAGAACAAAGCUUGCCUUUGAUGACAGAAAUUAUUCAGCCGACCAUUAUUUACAAGAAGCAAAAAAGCUAAAGCACAAUGCGGAUGCAUUGUCUGAUAGGUUUGAGAAAGCUGUAUACUAUCUUGAUGCUGUGGUAUCUUUCAUUGAAUGUGGGAAUGCAUUAGAGAAAAGUGCUCAGGAAUCCAAGUCCCCAUUCCUUAUGUAUUCAGAGACGGUGGACCUCAUCAAAUACACUAUGAAGCUAAAGAAUUACUUGGCACCAGAUGCUACAGCUGCAGAUAAAAGACUCACAGUACUUUGCCUGCGAUGCCAGUCUCUGCUGUACCUGAGGCUAUUCAAACUGAAGAAGGAAAAUGCUCUGAAGUACUCAAAGACGCUGACAGAGCACCUGAAGAAUUCUUAUAAUAAUUCUCAAGCACCAUCACCUGGCUUGGGAAGCAAAGCUGUCGGGAUGCCGUCCCCUGUUUCACCAAAGCUGUCACCGGGCAAUUCAGGAAACCAUUCUUCUGGGGCCAGCAGUGCUCCGGCCAGUGGCUCUUCAGUGACCAUUCCACAGAGGAUCCACCAGAUGGCAGCCCACUAUGUCCAGGUCACAUCCAACUUCCUCUACGCCACCGAAAUCUGGGACCAAGCAGAACAGCUUUCCAAAGAGCAAAAAGAAUUCUUUGCUGAACUGGAUAAAGUAAUGGGCCCUCUCAUCUUUAAUGCGAGCAUUAUGACAGAUCUAGUUCGUUACACUCGACAAGGACUGCACUGGCUUCGCCAGGAUGCCAAGUUGGUGUCUUGAACUGAACACAUUCUCGUUGCCUCUGAUUUUCUCCACAACACUGUGUCACACCACGAAGGAAAACUGCCAUACCACGCCACCUAGUCGACACUAAGAAUGAGGAAUGGUUUUCUCCUCCUUGGUUAAUGUCUCGUGUCAAUUGGCCCCUUUAAUAUUCCCAGUGUGAAAUUAUUUAAAUGCUUUUAAAUCUGCAGCACAUUGACAAGAUGGUUUCAAUGAUCUAUAAUAAGAUUGAAAUACCAGUUGCAAUUCAUAACUAAUCAAUUGAAAUUCUAUUUAUUUUAAUUUUUUUAAGUUCCCAGAUUGGGGCUAGUUUAAAACUUAGUUACUUGUGCCUAUAAAUUUACUUUGUUGAAUAUUUAGCAUACAUUUAAAGUAGGCAUUUUUAUUUAUAUACUUUGGGAGCUUUGUUACCUAAUAAUGUCAUUGUGGUAGCUCUUAUAAGAGUAAGAAUUGGUUCACCUAAAAUAAGGACAUGUUCUUUCUACACCUACUACCUGAUAUUAUUUGAAAUCUUAAUUACAAUUUUAUUAUUAUAGUCUUUAUGGUUAGUAUUAAGGAUAUUCUUCUACAUGUGAAAAAUCACUUAUAUAUAUGAGAGGAUGGCAUUCUACAUGGAUGUAAAAUGAAAUGUGUCUGAUUUGGUAUGCAUUAUUUCAAAAACUGUGAAUGUGUGUUAACACUACAGCAAUCACAAGGUGACUAUAAUUUGCAUUUAAUGCGUUACAAAAGAGGGCAGGCAAACUGUGUAGAAGACGCAUGUCAUGUUGAAUGGUUUCAUAAAAGGACAAUCUUGAACUGUAUGGAUUUUAUUAAAACCAUGUUUUGUUUUUUAAGAAAUGGGAUGUCGCUGUGUUGCCCAGGCUGAUCUUGAACUCCUGGGCUCAAGCAAACCUCCCUCCUCAGCCUCCCGAGUAGCUGGGACUACAGGUGUGCACACUGUGCCCAGUUCACAUGUCCCCUUUUGUUGCUAAUCACGUGACACUUAAUUUAAACAGAAUAAGUUACUGUAGAAAAAAGGAUGAUCCAGCUCCCAAGGGUUGCUGCCUGUGUCUCUUUAAUUGACAAUGUUUGAAAGUUAAAACCUUUUUUAGAUUUUUGUUUUCCUCAUAGUGGAUUGUGAUGCUCUGAUGUGAGCAUGCAGUGACCGACAUAGAAGUGGGCUGGAGCCUCGCUGUUCUAAUGCCUGCUGUAGGGAUGAUGGAUUUCUCCUUUUUAAGCCUAUCUUGUAUUUAUUCCUUUUGUAUUAAGAAGGCCCUCAUCAGUGAUGUAUGUUUCUGAUGGGAUCAGAAAAUUCACACUAGAAAAAUACCUAACUUGGUUUAAUGUGAGCUGUCUUGGGAAGGGGAGGGGAACAGGGGUAGAGCUUAAGAAGCCAGCUCUGUAAGAGUUGUAUAUCAAAGUACCUUUCCCUACAAGGUGCAUAUAGGAGUCAAAGGUAAGACGUUUACCCUCUAUACUUUGUUUUUUAAUGCCCCUAUCAUGUUUGGUGUGCCUUAAAUCUUACCUUCAAAUGAAGACUCUAUGGAUUGUUUACAGAUGAAGUUUUACACUAGGACCAGAUCGUCCAUAACUGGUUGGUCUUCUACAGUAAUAAUGUUAAACUCUCUUCCUUUUAAAUCUUCCUUUAGGAUUACAUAAAGUUUAAUACUUUGAGAAAAGCUAAUGCUUUGGUACAUGACUUAGUCUAACCAAUUGGGCAGUGCUGCUUCAAAAAACAAUUUGUCCUUCUCCCCAUUCCAAAAAUAAACCUAUCCAAUCAGAAAACAAAGAGACGGCCCUACUGUUUGUAGGUGAUUGCUCAGGCUUGAAGUGGGAAAGGGGGAGGAAGGGGUAGAAAAGCGCCAAGUCCAGUGGUGCGGUGAAUCCUUUGUGUCUGAGUCUUUUCACACUUAGUUCUGCAGCCAGUGUGCUGUCCUUGUCCUGUGGCCUCAUAUUUAUAGAGCUUAACUGUUUUUGUACCUCAAGUUGUUUCUACAUAUCAUUGAAGAUUGAGACCUACAAAUUAUGUUGAAUUUAACCUUUUGCCCUUGGAUAAAUUGCCUCUGAUAUCUUUUUAAUUUAAUCUUAGUGUGUUCUAGAAAUAGUUUUCCUUCAGAGGCAACUUCUCAGUGAUCGUGAUAGUUAUUCAGUAAGAAGUAACUGUUGUUAAGCAAGUACGUGUGUGUCCUGUCCUCUGAUUUCUCUGACUCUGAUUCCUUAAUUUGCAGUGAUGUCUUAGAAACGGAAACAGUAUCCUCUGGACUUUUAGACUCAGCGACAGCCAGUGGGGCAUCUCUGGGUUCUGGUGUGUUCUAGUCUCUGUGUCCUGAAAGGCAGCAGGAGCAUCUCUCGGGUCACACUGGUACUUGGUUAAAGCGGAGUUUCCUGCGUGUUUUUGGUGCUGCUCUGUAAGAUAUUUCUCUUUAAACCGGUGUUAAUUCUUGGAGAAUGAAUUUUUUAAGCUUUUCAUUGUGGAGGGUUUUUCCCACAACAUAGUAAGGGGCGGUGGAUCGAAGCCCUGUUCUAAACAAUUGAAUUUUCAGUGUCAAAGCUGUGGAAAUGCCACUCCCUCUCCUCGUCUGUCCCCUAGAUGCUCUGUGUCGUGUGUGCUCCAGCACAGACUUCGGUCUCCUCCACAGGUGACCAUUCCUCCCUCCUCAGUCGGCGUCCUCAGUGUUUUCUAACCAUUUAAAACUGAAUUUGACAAGUGGCUAAAAUCUUAACUUAGUCUGAGACUUGUACUUACUAUAUAGUUAAUUACAGAAAUAGCAACUGUUUUAACAAUUACUGUUGCCUGCUCUUUACGACCACACUUGUGUGCCAGGAGGCAGCAUCCUGCACAUCGGAUUCUACAGGCAACCAGCGGCCCCACUGUGGUGGGUGAGGUUGUCCCAGUGGUCUCACCUGGGCUGGGCUGCGGGGGCGCCCCCGCCAGGUGAUGCCGGCUCUCACAGCGCAGCCCCGGCUCCAGUCUGGCCGGAGAGCAUCCGGCCCACUCCUUGCCUCAGUGCCCCCUUUUCUGGGCAAGUAGCCAAGAAGUGACUCCACAAGCAGUGAGCACUUCAGAUAAAUUUACAGCUGUAGCUGCCGAAGAGUGGGCCAGGCUGACCCCACUGAGUUAAUCCCCCAGUGUCGUGUGUGCGCGCGCGCCCACACACGCCCGUGCUGCUGGGGGCUCUGGCACCGGUGGGUCCAUGGGCGUCUGGGCUGCACUUGGAGUGUCACGCUUGUGGCUUUACUAGAUUCACUGUUUUCUUAAAAUUGUUGUUCGUUUCUUUUCAUUCAGAGUUUAAGCAGCUAGAUCAGACAGCAUCAUUUUGUAUUUAAUGACAGAAACUUUGGUACAUUAACUUAGUGAACGAGCUUGCAUCAUUGAAGCAAGAGCCUGCGAAAGGCACCCGAUAGAAAUGGAAAGGCAGGCUCCGGAGGCCAGGGCUCUGGGGUUGCAGGGCAGCCGGUGCCUGUCCCCGUCACUGACGCCCGGUUACGCAGAGGGGGUACACUGGGCACUCUCAAGGUGUGAGGGUAUGCAGCUUUGGAUCUUAGAAUUAUGUACACAUACACACUUUAUAUAUAUGUAUGUAUGUAUGAAAACAUGAACUUAGUUUGUCAAAAACGUGUGUGUUUAGUAUUUUAGCUUAGUGCAACUAUUUCCACAUUAUUUAUUAAAUUGAUCUAAGACACUUUGUUGUUGACACCUUGAACGUUUAUGUUCAGGGGUGCAAUGUGUAUUCCCUUAGAUUGUUGAACCUUAAUUACUAUGAUUUGUAGUAAAAUAACUUUAAAGUAUAUUUGAGCCCUUCUGUAGUGUAAUAGGGCUCUUACAGGGUGGGAAGGAUUUUAAUUUUCCAGUUGCUAAUUGAACAAAAUGGCCUCAUUGUGUAUUUUGAUUUGUAGGAGUUUGUGUCUGGGUUCCAGGAACAUCUACUGGGGAUGAUGUUCCUUAAAAACCCUGAGUAACUGGGGAGCCCGAGCGUUUCCGUCUGUGCAGGCUCCUACAGCUCACAUUCCCUGAUACACGGAACACAGGCUUCAUUGUCGCGUUCUGUAAGGUGUGGCGGAGAGGCAGACUCGCUUUGUACAUCUAAGGUUGCUAUUCAGUAAAGGCAAUUAAAGAGCUAAUUAUUGAAUGCCUUGGAACAUGUAGUGACAAAAGACCAAAUUCUUCAUGUUUGUGAGCAUAUCUUCACAUGUUUGCUAAUGGAGAAAUUCGUUUUAAACUUCUAGACCCUAAAGCCAAGCUAGCAAAUGACAGGAAAUAAAUUCUCAGUAGUUGGUAAGGUGAAUGCUAAUCUUGCUAAACUCCUAUUCACAUGAAACCCUGUGGUUAAUUAAAAAGAACUUGCUAUCUCCAGAAAAGGGAGAAAGAGUAACAGUCUCCUAAUGGAAUUUGGUCCCAGAAUGGGGUGUUGCAGGUAAGUCUACGCCAGCCUUAGCGAUCUGUAAGCAUCGGACGGUAGCAGCCUUAGUGGUCACCACACCAGGAAGUUGACUUUCAGGGACGUCAGCAUCGGCUUCUCCUUGCCACCAUUGCUCAGCUAAGCGUAACUUUUGCUGUUCUUAAAACAAAAACAAAAAACAAAGCUUUCUAAAUGAAUGUGGAAAAGCUCCUACCCAGAAAUUCUAGUAAUACUUAGUUUUGACCUCUUACUGCUUCCACGUGGGGUUUCUUUUCAGCUUUUAACCAUUGGGAUUUUCUACCUGCCGUGUUCCUCUCUGGAAAAUACCUAUUUGGAAAUGCUGCCUUUCAGAUCAAUGCCGUGGUUCUCCAUGCUUGUUGGGUUCGUUGUUGCUGUUCAAGAAAUGUCCCCAUGUUCCACCUGCAUGCACACACCUGGCAGGUCACUGACGUUGCAUUCAGCAGUGCUGGGGGGCUCACCAACAGAGCUGGCCCGGCCGACGGUGCCCUUGCAGGCCAGCGGUGUGCUUGGUAAGCACAGUUAGGAAAAUUUCUGUCUAGCCUCCGUUUCGAAUGGUUUUAGGAAAUUUUGUAUAUGGAGGAUGGAAAUACUUAUAUAUUUAUUGAAAAUCCUUUUAUCUUAUUUGACAUUAAAAUUGUUUGGUAAAUAAUGGUUUGAUACUUGGGGAGGGUUUUGGAGGGAAGGUAAAGCCGCCAAUCAAUUAAAAGCCUGUUGGUUCUGCAGAAAGGUGCUGUUCAUGACUGAUAGGAUGCCUUUGCUUUGUACAUGAUCCAGAGCUUUCUUUCACGUUUCUUUUACCCAAAAUAUUUAGGCAUCUGACAUUUUUUAACCAAAAUUUCAAUUAUAUACUGUGAUUUUUAUUUGUUGCAAUACAUUAAAAUUUCAGAGGUACUUUGGGGUUCAAAAGCUAGGAUUUCUCAGUCAGUACGUGCAUUUCUCAUAAUAAAGCUGUUAAUGGUGAGCAAAGUAUUAUAUACUAACUAGAUUUUUCCACAUCUGUAUAGUAUAUUAUAUGUAUUUUGUGGUAUUGAAAUUAUAGAAAGUUUAGAGUGUCAAACAUGCGUUUAAUGUGUAUUUUUAAACAAAUUUAUGGCAAUUAAAAUAUUUGGAGACAAGGGUAUCACAUUUCAAUUUGUAAAGAUCUUUUUAACUCUACUGUGUCAUUAAGAUGCUUUGUAUAAUGCCAAACCAUAGCUGGAGAAACUAAGUUUAAUAAAUAUCAAAUAGA